GGAAAAGGGAGGCAGCGCGAGAGAGCCGGGCAGAGUCCGAACCGACAGCCAGAAGCCCGCACGCACCUCGCACCAUGAGAUGGCGACGCGCCCCGCGCCGCUCCGGGCGUCCCGGCCCCCGGGCCCAGCUCCCCGGCCCCGCCGCCCGCUCGCCGCUGCCGCUGCUGCCACUACUGCUGCUGCUGGGGACCGCGGCCCUGGCGCCGGGGGCGGCGGCCGGCGACGAGGCGGCUCCCGCGGGGGCCUCGGUGUGCUACUCGUCCCCGCCCAGCGUGGGAUCGGUGCAGGAGCUAGCUCAGCGCGCCGCGGUGGUGAUCGAGGGAAAGGUGCACCCGCAGCGGCGGCAGCAGGGGGCACUCGACAGGAAGGCGGCGGCGGCGGCGGGCGAGGCAGGGGCGUGGGGCGGCGAUCGCGAGCCGCCAGCCGCGGGUCCACGGGCGCUGGGGCCGCCCGCCGAGGAGCCGCUGCUCGCCGCCAACGGGACCGUGCCCUCCUGGCCCACCGCCCCGGUGCCCAGCGCCGGCGAACCCGGAGAGGAGGCGCCCUAUCUGGUGAAGGUGCACCAGGUGUGGGCGGUGAAAGCCGGGGGCUUGAAGAAGGACUCGCUGCUCACCGUGCGCCUGGGGACCUGGGGCCACCCCGCCUACCCCUCCUGCGGGAGGCUCAAGGAGGACAGCAGGUACAUCUUCUUCAUGGAGCCCGACGCCAACAGCACCAGCCGCGCGCCGGCCGCCUUCCGAGCCUCUUUCCCCCCUCUGGAGACGGGCCGGAACCUCAAGAAGGAGGUCAGCCGGGUGCUGUGCAAGCGGUGCGCCUUGCCUCCCCGAUUGAAAGAGAUGAAAAGCCAGGAAUCGGCUGCAGGUUCCAAACUGGUCCUUCGGUGUGAAACUAGUUCUGAAUACUCCUCUCUCAGAUUCAAGUGGUUCAAGAAUGGGAAUGAAUUGAAUCGAAAAAACAAACCACAAAAUAUCAAGAUACAAAAAAAGCCAGGGAAGUCAGAACUUCGCAUUAACAAAGCAUCACUGGCUGAUUCUGGAGAGUAUAUGUGCAAAGUGAUCAGCAAAUUAGGAAAUGACAGUGCCUCUGCCAAUAUCACCAUCGUGGAAUCAAAUGAGAUCAUCACUGGCAUGCCAGCCUCAACUGAAGGAGCAUAUGUGUCUUCAGAGUCUCCCAUUAGAAUAUCAGUGUCAACAGAAGGAGCAAAUACUUCUUCAUCUACAUCUACAUCCACCACUGGGACAAGCCAUCUUGUAAAAUGCGCGGAGAAGGAGAAAACUUUCUGUGUGAAUGGAGGCGAGUGCUUCAUGGUGAAAGACCUUUCAAACCCCUCGAGAUACUUGUGCAAGUGCCAACCUGGAUUCACUGGAGCAAGAUGUACUGAGAAUGUGCCCAUGAAAGUCCAAAACCAAGAAAAGCAUCUUGGGAUUGAAUUUAUGGAGGCGGAGGAGCUGUACCAGAAGAGAGUGCUCACCAUAACCGGCAUCUGCAUCGCCCUCCUUGUGGUCGGCAUCAUGUGUGUGGUGGCCUACUGCAAAACCAAGAAACAGCGGAAAAAGCUUCAUGACCGUCUUCGGCAGAGCCUUCGGUCUGAACGAAACAAUAUGAUGAACAUUGCCAAUGGGCCUCACCAUCCUAACCCACCCCCCGAGAAUGUCCAGCUGGUGAAUCAAUACGUAUCUAAAAACGUCAUCUCCAGUGAGCAUAUUGUUGAGAGAGAAGCAGAGACAUCCUUUUCCACCAGUCACUAUACUUCCACAGCCCAUCACUCCACUACUGUCACCCAGACUCCUAGCCACAGCUGGAGCAACGGACACACUGAAAGCAUCCUUUCCGAAAGCCACUCUGUAAUCAUGAUGUCAUCCGUAGAAAACAGUAGGCACAGCAGCCCAACUGGGGGCCCAAGAGGACGUCUUAAUGGCACAGGAGGCCCUCGUGAAUGUAACAGCUUCCUCAGGCAUGCCAGAGAAACCCCUGAUUCCUACCGAGACUCUCCUCAUAGUGAAAGGUAUGUGUCAGCCAUGACCACCCCGGCUCGUAUGUCACCUGUAGAUUUCCACACGCCAAGCUCCCCCAAAUCGCCCCCUUCGGAAAUGUCUCCACCCGUGUCCAGCAUGACGGUGUCCAUGCCUUCCAUGGCGGUCAGCCCCUUCGUGGAAGAAGAGAGACCUCUACUUCUCGUGACACCACCGAAGCUGCGGGAGAAGAAGUUUGACCAUCACCCUCAGCAGUUCAGCUCCUUCCACCACAACCCCGCGCAUGACAGUAACAGCCUCCCCGCUAGCCCCUUGAGGAUAGUGGAGGAUGAGGAGUAUGAGACGACCCAGGAGUAUGAGCCAGCCCAAGAGCCUGUUAAGAAACUCGCCAAUAGCCGGCGGGCCAAAAGAACCAAGCCCAAUGGCCACAUUGCUAACAGAUUGGAAGUGGACAGCAACACAAGCUCCCAGAGCAGUAACUCAGAGAGUGAAACAGAAGAUGAAAGAGUAGGUGAAGAUACGCCUUUCCUGGGCAUACAGAACCCCCUGGCAGCCAGUCUUGAGGCAACACCUGCCUUCCGCCUGGCUGACAGCAGGACUAACCCAGCAGGCCGCUUCUCGACACAGGAAGAAAUCCAGGCCAGGCUGUCUAGUGUAAUUGCUAACCAAGACCCUAUUGCUGUAUAAAACCUAAAUAAACACAUAGAUUCACCUGUAAAACUUUAUUUUAUAUAAUAAAGUAUUCCACCUUAAAUUAAACAAUUUAUUUUAUUUUAGCAGUUCUGCAAAUAGAAAACAGGAAAAAAAACUUUUAUAAAUUAAAUAUAUGUAUGUAAAAAUGUGUUAUGUGCCAUAUGUAGCAAUUUUUUACAGUAUUUCAAAACGAGAAAGAUAUCAAUGGUGCCUUUAUGUUAUGUUAUGUCGAGAGCAAGUUUUGUACAGUUACAGUGAUUGCUUUUCCACAGUAUUUCGGCAAAACCUCUCAUAGAUUCAGUUUUUGCUGGCUUCUUGUGCAUUGCAUUAUGAUGUUGACUGGAUGUAUGAUUUGCAAGACUUGCACCUGUCCCUCUGUUUGCUUGUAGUAGCACCCGAUCAGUAUGUCUUGUAAUGGCACAUCCAUCCAGAUACGCCGCUCUUGUGUAUGAAGUUUUCUUUGCUUUCAGAAUAUGAAAUGAGUUGUGUCUACUCUGCCAGCCAAAGGUUUGCCUCAUUGGGCUCUGAGAUAAUAGUAGAUCCAACAGCAUGCUACUAUUAAAUACAGCAAGAAACUGCAUUAAGUAAUGUUAAAUAUUAGGAAGAAAGUAAUACUGUGAUUUAAAAAAAAACUAUAUUAUUAAUCAGAAGACAGCUUGCUCUUACCAAAAGGAACUCUCAUUUACUUUAUUUGAAUUUAUUUUUCUUGACAAAAAGCAACAGUUUUAGGGAUAGCUUAGAAAAUGGGUUCUGGCUUGCUAUCAGGGUAAAUCUGACACCUUACAAGAGGACUCAAUGUCACUUUCUCUCUGGGGGAAUGAUCCAGCAGCUUAUCUAGUUGACGAUCAAACCACGGCUGAUAAAGGUGCAAUCAUUUCUGACUUGUAUUUUUCACUGAUUUUGAAGCUAGUGAUUGGUUGUGUCUUCUUGGCUCAAAAAGAAGCAUAUUACGGCACAAAAAGCCCAGCCCAGACAGCACAUGCAGCAUUUUGUCUGAAAUACUUCUAGAGUCAAACAUGCCUGCUGUACAUAGCGGUGACUUGUCAUCAUAGGGAAGUAUUUCCAUCAUAGAGUGUUCAGAAGGAGUGACUGUAUAGGUGGAGAGAAGCUUAGUGACUAGGUUGAAAUUUUAAAAUGUGGAUGACUACCCCUUUCUCCCUCUUAUUUUUCUUUUAUUUUUCCAUGUUGCCUUGAUCAGGUCAUAACUAUGCAUGAACAUUUUUUAUCAGGAAUGGCCGAUGUGUAUGUGAUUUGUAAUCACAAGUAAUGAUUCAUCAGGAAAUGUCGAUCCUGUUGGAAGACAGUGACCCCCACCUCUGUCCUGACCUCUCCAUUUACAGGCUCUCUCACCCAUUUCCCCCACCUCCUUUAAUUUUUGCUUUACUGUCAUAAAGUAGGACUAAGAUUGGUCUAAGCAUUGCAUGUUCUCUUGUGAUGGUAAAUCCAAAGGAAGGCCUGUAAGUAUUAACAUUUGAAAUAACUGCUAAUUCAGGAAAAUGGAAGAAAAACAAUUAUUUGAAACACAGAACCCAUUUCAUGGCCUGCCUGAUAUCCGUGAAAUCAGGGCUGGAGCUUUACUUAGGAUUCACGUGGCCUCCUAGGAACCGUGGGAUAAAUGGGAAACAGGUUAUCGGGGAGUUCAUGAAGUCAGUGAGAGUAAUUGCUUCUUUCUUGCGGGUGAACUGAAUGUAUUUCUUCACCAAAUCUUGAUGUUAACAAUUAAAAAGAAGAAAUGACAUGCAAGUAGGUCUUAGCAGAAAAAUGCAGGCUGGUCAUCAGUCAUGUUGUUACGCUCCCACAUGCUCCUACAAUCCACAGAGAUGCCUGUCUGCAGGUUCUUGAAGUUACUGUUAGUAUUUGGUAUCUCAAAUUUUCUGUCACUGUUCACAUGCCACUUUCUCUGUGCUCAGUGGUAUCCUCAUUUGCUUUUUAACCUACACUGAGGAGCCUUUGUCAAGUUGCAAUGAUUUUCCAAUUCUGCAGUCAUGAGUAAGCUCACAGCAUGGGGAAGAAGACAGUCAGUCCAAUGAAGUUCUCUAAAUUAUUUUAACAUUGCCUUUGAAGGCCUUGACUCAUCCUUAGCUAUUUCAAUAAAGAAGUUCCUACCAUGAAUUUAAAACCCUAAAAAUUCUGUUUCAAAUUCUUCGGGCAUUGGGGUACUCAGAUGUCCCAUCGUGGAAGAAUUUUAAGAAUAAAUAGAAGUUUCUGUUGAGAACCAUGAGCGACAUGUUUCUUAAAAUGAGAAUUGCUAUGCAUUUUUAAAUUGCAAAUAUAUAUGAAAAUCGAAGACGGGAGGAAAUUGUAUUUCUAACUUGAUUCUGAUCAUUCACAGAGGUGGCAUAUUAUUAUAGUUGGGACGUCCUUUGCACCCUUGAUAAAAAAGGCCAACUGACUGCUCAGCGCCACCUGCCAAGGCCACUAGAUUUUUGUUCACAGGGAUAUCUCUGUGACGCUUGUCACAUCACUCUCGACCACCUCUGUUAAUCAAUUCCGGCAGUGCAGUGGUGAUCGGAGUGUGAACCUAUGUUCCCAGCAUAUGGAAAGCUAUCUUGGGUUUUAAGGUGGUAGAAAUUGCCCAGGAGUUUGACAGCAACUUUGUUUCCCGGGUCUAAAAUCGUAUCCCACUGAGGUGUAUGCAGUGGAGCAUAAUACAUGCAAAUACAUGCAAAACUCCUUUUGUUUCACCUAAGAUUCACUUUCUAUCUUACUUUCCCUUCCUGCCUAGUAUGACUUUUGCCCCCAAGAGUGCCUGGACAGCAUUCAAGUUUCUACGAAAUGAUCCUCUGUGUAGGUGAAUGUGUCCCAAACCUGCUAUCUCUUUCUUGUUUCAGUGUGACUGUCUUGUUAGAGGUGGAGUUUAUCCAGGGUAACUUGCUCAGUAACUAUUCCUUUUUAUGGCCUGGGGUUAAAGGGCGCAUGGCUCACAUUGGUGAAAAUAAGGAAGGCCUGGUCUUAUCUUGUAUUAAUAAUACUGGCUGCAUUCCACCAGCCAGAGAUUUCUAUCUGCGAAGACCUAUGAAACACUGAAGAGAAAUGUAGGCAGAAGGAAAUGGCCACAUACCACAAGUUCUAUUAUAUAUUCUUUUGUAAAUACAUAUUGUAUAUUACUUGGAUGUUUUCUUAUACCAUUUACUGUCUUUAUGAGUUAAUGUCAGUUUUUACUCUCUCAACUUACUAUGUAACAUUGUAAAUAACAUAAUGUCCUUUAUUAUUUAUAUUUAAGCAUCUAACAUAUAAAGUUGUUUUCAUAUAAGUUUAAGAUAAAUGUCAAAAAUAUAUGUUCUUUUGUUUUUCUUUGCUUUAAAAUUAUGUAUCUUUUCCUUUUCUUUUUUUUAAGAAUAAUUUAUUGUUGAGGAGAAAGAAUGUAUAUGUAACUGAAACUAUCUGAAGAAUGCACAUUGAAGGCCGUGAGGUACUGAUAAACUAAAGAAUUUAUUAUUCAAAAUACUAAGCAAUAAGUAAUUGUGAUUUAUUUAAAGUUUUGUCCAUUUUCCAUGAAAGACAUACUGCAAUAAAAAUGCUACUCUGUGGAGACCUGGGAGUGUUGCUCAGCAGACUACAGCUUCAGUCUGUUAGACCAGCACCUUUCAUCUCAUUCCUAUAGUUGUGCUAAUUUAGGAUUGUGUUCCAUGGACCCCAUGAUCACCAUGUCUAUAAGUUGCUUCUUGUCUGUCCAUUGCUUUUGCCACACCACCUGUUCUCAAAUCAUCUCCUCCCUACCAAUACUGUUUAUCACUUUCUUCCUUGUUGAAAAGGCCACACAACCAAACUGUACUAUGAUUCCUUUUUCCUCCAUACACAAUAACAGAGAGAGAAUAUUCUAGGGCAUGACUGCCUGGAUCCUGGCUGUUGCUAUGUUUUGUAGUGACAGUAAGAAACUCCUUCAGACUAAUGAAAAUGUCAACGUGCCAUUCAAUCACGAAAGGCAACGAAAAAUGCUUUCAUGGUUCAAGUAGUCCAAUGGCCCAUAGUGGCCUAAAAGGCAGCCAGUUGACACCUGGCCAUGCUAAGCUUCCCUAUAGCAUCUGCUAAUUGACUUUCCAUUGGGCCCACGAUUUAUGGAUUCACAAUUUUAAAAGAGGAGAAGGCCAAGUUGGGUUCAUUCCCCUUAUUCUGUCAAUAAAACAAAUCAAACUCCUGUCUAUCUAACUGCUCAGGGAGGAGCCUUUGCAUGAGAAAAUUCUCAUAUUCUAAGACUGAGUCAUAGAAAUGAGGGUAUUACUUGUCUUAUUGCAAUUAACCUAAACAAAAGCCAUAUUUUAACAAAUAGAUAUUUGCAUGGUACCUUUCAUAUAUUUCAAGCAUUUCAGUCAUUAUUGCAGGUAGGUUAAGAGCUUCUGAAGUAUAUGGAGUAGAGGUCAGCAAUCCUUUGGGAUGAACAGUGGCCUCCGUUGGAGUUUGGGGGUAACCUGAGACUUCCCACCAAUGUCCACCUCCAUCUAUGUACCCAAUUCCUACUACCUAGUUACGGCUCCUCUAGGAUCAUUUCCAAACACUCUGGAUGUCCAGGAAAUUUAAAUUGUAGUUUUUGACUGAGCUAGUUUUUCCUAUUUAUAUGAAUACAUUUUCAAAAAUGCUUGAAAUCUUCACAUUUGCAACAACUUUAGUUCGCAUGCACAUACAAACACAUAGACAAAAAUUCCAGACACUCUCCAAAAGCCACCACACUCUUUCACUUGCUCUGUAGUCAUUUAGCCAAUCAGCCAUGCAGAGAAUAUUUAAAACUUAAAGAUUGAGACGUUAUUCUCAGUUUUUGCUGAGGCUUUGUACCCAAAUUGAACACUAUAAGCAGCUAUCAUAGUAAUUUUGGUUAAAAUUGUUUGCCUGGGAUAUAGUAUUUGAGGCAGAAGCACGUGUGAAGGAGGUGAGGUGGUUUGGAAAGCGUGAAGACUCACAUGCAGCCAGAUUGAAUGUCUGGGUAAUUACUAUAGUUCUCCCUUCUUGGUUGAAACCAUGUUCUCUCUUGAUUUUCAAACCCAGGCUGCCUCUGGAAACAAGCAAACCUGAGUCUUUCUAACCUGAGUCUUCCCAAUCAUUAGAUUUUUCUGUCCUAACAAUGAAUGACAAAGGGACUUGAUGUUCACAAUUUGGGGUUAAAUAAGGCAGGUCUGAAAUCUGGGGACUCAAGAUGCUGGAAGGAGUGGAAAGUUUCGAUGACUUUAUAUGAAUCCCUUUGCACUCUAUGUUUGGCUUGUCCUCUUUGAAACUGAUUUAACAAAAUAAAUGUAAGGGAACUAUUACUCAAAAGAUUAACUUGGCAGGAAAUACCAAUACUUUCAGUUUAUGAAAGACAAAACCGUCUUGUUGCUACAAGAAGCUGCAAUAUUCCUAACUUUUAAGGUUGUUGUUGAGUAGGGUGGCCAUGCCCUCCCCUACAGGUAUCUUUAGGUUCCUGUUGACCUCCUGGUACUAUAACUGUUCGUCUUCUCUGGGUAGCUAUUGAUUUUGAACUUUAAUGUGCUUCAAAACUUUAUCUGCCAGGGAAAUAGGAAAAGAGUUUUGUUACCUGGAGGAAAUCUAUUGUGAUCUACCUGGGCUUUUUAAAAACAGACCAGGAGAAGGAAACCAGUAAUUUUUAAAGAAGAGUCAGAGAAUGGGAUAAUAGUUUCACCCAGGAUCUCCUUCCAACUCUUUCCCUUCAAAUGAACUUAUUGGAAUAGAAUUGGAAAGAAGAAAGGACAUCUCUGCCCACCCCACAGGAUGCCAAAAAGGCUAAAGAAUUACCUCUGUAGAUUUAAACAUCGUUAAUGGCUUAUGUAUAGAUUUGCUAAUAUAGAGAGAAAUGAACUAUUAAAUAAAAAUCACAUUUUAUAAUAUUUUUAUGGCUUAAAACAUCCUUUAUCUCAUUUUGGUUCUCUCUACAUGAUAUGGUAAGUGAUGAGGAAAAUUUAGGCUCAGGAAGGUUAAAAUCUUUCUUGGAGUUACACAUCUAAGACAGCUGCAGAGCUGACACUUGUACCCAGGUUUUCUGACUGCAAAUCCAGUUUCUUUCUAUUGUGUUCUUCCCCUUUCCCUGCCUCAAGCAGAAACAGGUUUUUUGUUUUCAACCUUUGUGUAUACAGUAUGUUACAUCUACAGCUAAGUUUCUUUUUAGAAGAAUGUGAGCCCUUCUAGCUUUGGUUUAGAGUGAUUCUAGAAGCCAAUUUCCUUGGCUUAGUGAUUCUAUGCACCUUUCCUAAACUUAGCUUUCUAAGGAAAUGAAGUGUAGCAGUGAGAAUGAAUUCACAAUUUCGACAUGUAGGUAGCAUCCUAAAGUGAAACCAGAGGAACUUUGUGGUCAAAGCACUCUCCCCACCACUUAGAAACUUACUGACUGUGGGCAGCUUCCUCCCCCAAGUUUCUUUCCCGAUUUACAAGACUGUGGUGUGGUCAGGAUUAAACUUGAAUACAUGUAAGGAAGUCUGAAAGUGUCUAACACAUAGCGAGUAUUCAGAUGCCACCUUCUAUUUGCUCCUUCGCCUCCAGGUCCUUAAGUUUUGGAAUCUAGGUUCCUCAGUUCUGAAUGGAUUGCCGUUUGUAUAUCCCUAUUGCACAAUGGAUCAAAUAAACUUUAUGUUAUCAUUUCUCCAACAUAGUGCCAGUAAGCAAAUCCUUUUUAAUAACAACUGUAUGUUGAGAAACAUAUCACCAAACAACAUUUAACUUUGUAGCGUUAAUAAGUUCUUUAGCUUUUGGUUUUGUUUUUGUUUUCUGAGACAGUGUCUUGAUCUGUCACCCAGACUGGCGUGCAAUGGUUCAAUUUUAGCUCACUGCAACCUCUAACUCCUGAGCUCAAGCUAUUCUCCCACCUCAGCCUCUCCAGUAGCUGGGACUACAGGUGUGCUCCACCAUGCCCAGCAAUUUUUUUUUUUUUUUGGUAGGGACAAGGUCUCACUAAGUUGCCCAGGCUGGUCUUCAAUUCAUGGCCUUAAGUGAUCCUCCUGCCUUGGCCUCCAAAAGUGUUGGAAUUACAGGCAUGAGCCACCACCCUUAACUUUAUGUGUUUGUUUUUUUGAUGCAGUAUAAGUUCAGCUUGCUUCUUAUGCAGCCAUACCAUUUCAUGUUAACUCUCAUUUUUAGCAGCUUAUUACAUUAGUGUUUUAUUAUUAAUAUAAUUUAACAGAAAUUUACUAAACCAUGACUCUGUAGAGUUUUAAUAAUACUACCUCCAAAUGUCACUGGAAACAUCUAGAAGAAUGAACAAAAAUGAUCUUAGAUCCACAGUGUAUCUGUUUGUCUUAGUUUCUACACAGGAUGUUCAGAUAUAUUCCAUUUCUUUAAAAAAAAAAAAUAUAUAUAUAUAUAUAUAUAUAUGGGCCUGGCGCAGUGGCUCACGCGUGUAAUCCCAGCACUUUGGGAGGCUGAGACAGGCAAAUCACCUGAGGUCAGGAGUUUGAGACUGGCCUGACCAACAUGGUGAAACCUCGUCUCUAUUAAAAUUACAAAAAUUAGCCGGGCGUGGUGGCGCAUGCCUGUAAUCCCAGCUACUUGGGAGGCUGAGGAAGGAGAAUCACUUGAACCUGGGAGGCAGAGGUUGCAGUGAGUCGAGAGCAUGCCAUUGCACUCCAGCCUUGGUGACAAGAGUGAAACUCCGUCUCAAAAAAAAAAAAAAAUAUGUAUAUGUGUAUAUAUAUAUAUAUAUAAAAUCCCACCAAAAGUCUGCAGAGUGACCAAAUUAGAGGAGUCUGGUUUCAGAUUAAAUUCUAAAUGUGAGAAACCACAUCGCUCCCAUGAUCCAUCCAAUAAUUCCUCAGGUCCUCUUCACUCUUUACUCCAUGCAUAAAACAGAAUUUUUUUUUUCUCAUCCUGGGUAUGAAGCAAUUAAUAAUUUAUGGAUUUAGUGUAUUUGGAUUCAAUCCCUUCAAACUUCAUACUACAUCCAAGGUGGAAGUGACUUAAACUCUGAUAUCAAUCAUCAGUCUUGUAAUACAGGCUUUGUUAAUGUCAGGAGAGUCUAAUAAAACUUUCUGUUCCUUA